AUGGAUGGUGAUUCUGACGUUAAUGUCUCCGGGUUGAGAGACGAACUGCAUAAGGUGGCAAACGAAGGGACAGACACGGCCGCUUCCAAUGAUGAUGCGCCAUCUGGCGCCACUUGUCGUAUUUGUCGUGGUGAAGCUACUGACGACAACCCUCUUUUCCACCCUUGUAAAUGCAGGGGCUCCAUUAAAUACAUGCAUGAAUCCUGUCUGCUGGAAUGGGUAGCUUCGAAAAAUAUAGACAUUUCAAAACCUGGCGCGGAUGUUAAAUGUGACAUUUGUCAUUAUCCUAUUCAAUUCAAGACGAUCUAUGCGGAAAAUAUGCCCGAGAAGAUACCGUUUUCCUUGUUAGUAUCCAAGAGUAUCUUUACUUUCUUCGAAAAAGCUCGUUUGGCUGUAACUAUUGGUUUGGCCGCUGUACUAUACAUUAUCGGAGUUCCUUUAGUAUGGAACAUGUUUGGGAAACUAUACACUAUGAUGUUAGACGGAUCUUCCCCUUACCCUGGUGAUUUCGUGAAGAGUUUAAUUUAUGGCUAUGAUAAGUCAGCGACUCCAGAAUUGAGUACCAGGGCAAUUUUCUAUCAACUUUUACAAAAUCAUUCAUUCACAUCUCUACAGUGUAUCAUGAUCGUGAUACUACAUAUAGCAUUAUACUUUCAAUAUGACAUGAUAGUGAGAGAAGAUGUUUUCAGUAAGAUGGUUUUCCAUAAGAUAGGUCCAAGGUUUUCUCCAAAGGACUUGAAAUCGCGUUUGAAGGAAAGAUUUCCCAUGAUGGAUGAUAGAAUGGUCGAAUAUUUGGCAAGAGAAAUGAGAGCCCAUGACGAAAACCGUCAAGAUCAGGGCCACGAUAGACUGGACAUGCCAGCUGGCGCCGUUGGUAACAACGACAAUGUCAACAACGUCAACAAUCUCGAAGGUGAUAACGCAGCACUGCAGGACCCUCACGAACGUCGUCAUUUUGAAAAUCUACGCCAUGUCGAUGAACUGGAUCAUGGCGAGGCCUCAGCAGAACAUGAUAACAACGAUGUGGACGAUAAUUCGCCAACAGCAGAGGAUUCAUCCAGAAUUGUGCCAGAGUCCGCCACUGACCACGAGGCGGAAGAAGAUGGAGAGGAAGAAGAAGGGCAACAACAGCAACAACCGGAGGAGGAAGUAGAUUUCCGUGAUCAUGUAGACCCCAACCCGAUGGACAUGUGGGCUAAUCGUCGUGCUCAAAAUGAAUUUGACGACAUAAUCGCUGCUCAACAGAACGCCAUAAAUAGACCCAAUGCCCCAGUAUUCAUUCCACCGCCCGCUCAAAAUAGAGUCGGCAAUGUUGAUCAAGACGAACAAGAUUUCGGUGCAGCACCCGCGCAAGCUAAUGUAGAGGAUCAAGGCCAAGGUCCCUUGGUGAUAAACCUCAAAUUAAAAUUGUUAAAUGUCAUUGCUUAUUUCAUAAUCGCUGUCGUUUUCACUGCUUUGUACCUGGCAAUUUCCUAUUUGUUUCCAACUUUCAUUGGGUUUGGUUUGUUAAAAAUCUAUUUUGGUGUAUUUAGAAUUAUUUUGCGUGGCUUGUCUUAUCUUUACUACUUCUCAGGAACCAAUAUAGCUUACAACGGAUUGACAAAGCUAGUUCCCAAAGUAGACGCCGCAAUGAAUUGGAUUUCAACACACUUGAUUCCCAACAUAAUUCAUCUUUACGAUGGCUACACCCAAAAUACCAUGAAACAUUCAAUUUUCAUCCGUGCUUUACCUGCUUUAACAACAUAUUUAACAUCAAUAGGCCUUGUUUGUGCCUCAUCCAACCUGGUUUCCAGGGGUUAUGGUCGUGAAAACGGAAUGAGCAAUUCCACCAGAAGGUUGAUUUUCCAAAUUUUGUUUGCUCUCAAGUGCACUUUCAAAGUGUUCACAUUAUUUUUCAUUGAAUUAGCCGGAUUCCCCAUUUUAGCUGGUGUAAUGUUAGAUUUCUCAUUAUUUUGCCCCAUCUUGGCAUCAAAUGAUCAAACACUUUGGGUUCCUUCAAUAUGCACAAUAUGGCCCCCAUUUUCUCUCUUUGUAUAUUGGACAAUUGGCACCCUCUACAUGUACUGGUUCGCCAAAUACAUUGGAAUGAUUAGAAAGAAUAUUAUAAGACCAGGUGUUCUCUUCUUUAUUAGAUCUCCAGAAGAUCCAAAUAUUAAGAUAUUGCACGAUAGUUUAAUUCAUCCAAUGAAUAUCCAAUUAUCAAGGUUGUGCCUAUCCAUGUUUAUCUAUGCAAUUUUCAUUGUUCUGGGUUUCGGUUUCCAUACCAGAUUUUUUUUCCCAGUUGUCCUCAAAUCGAACUUAUUGUCGGUUCCUGAGCCUUAUAAACCAACAUCUAUUGUCUCGUGGAAGUUUACCGCAAUUUUACUGACGUUAUACUUCACAAAGAGAAUACUAGAAUCUAGUUCUUACGUCAAACCUUUGUUAGAAAGGUACUGGAAAACCAUUUUCAAAUUGUGUUCGAGAAAGUUACGUUUGUCAUCAUUUAUCUUAGGUAAGGAUACCCCAACUGAAAGAGGUCAUGUUGUUUACCGUAAUUUGUUCUACAAAUAUGUUGCUGCCAAAAAUGCAGAAUGGUCAAACCAAGAACUUUUCACCAAACCAAAGACUUUAGAACAAGCAAUGGAAUUGUUUGGACAAGUACGCGACGUUCAUGCUUAUUUUGUUCCAGAUGGUGUUCUAAUGCGCGUUCCUUCUUCUGAUAUUGUGUCCAGGAACUAUGUGCAAACAAUGUUCGUCCCUGUUACAAAGAAUGAUAAACUAUUGAAACCAUUAGAUUUGGAAAGGAUCAAGGAAAGAAAUAAAAUUGCUGCCGGUGAAUUUGGUUAUUUGGAUGAACAAAAUACAGAAUAUGACCAGUAUUAUAUCGUUUAUGUUCCUCCAGAUUUCCGCUUAAGAUACAUGACUUUACUUGGCCUGGUUUGGCUGUUUGCCUCCAUUCUAAUGCUUGGUGUUACAUUUGCUAGCCAAGCAUUAAUAAACGUUGUUUGUAGCUUUGGUUUACUCCCAGUUGUAAAAUUUUUAUUGGGAGAAAACAAUAAGGUCUACACCGCAUGGAAAGAACUCUCCAACAUUAAUCGUUCUUAUUUGAACGUUUAUUAUGUUUGCAUUGGAUCUGUCUGCUUAUCUAAGAUUGCCAAGGAUAUCAUUCAUUUCACAGAAGGCCAAAACGCUCUUGACGAACAUGCCAUUGAUGAAAAUGAGUUAGAAGAAGUGGAUCAUGAUAUUCCAGAGAGAGACCUCAACAAUGUUCCCGUUGACAAUAUCAAUAAUGCGGAAGAAGGUCCAGGUAUUUUCAUGACCAUCUUCAACAGCAUUUUUGAUAGUAUGUUGGUAAAAUAUAACCUGAUGGUGUUUAUUGCAAUAAUGAUUGCAUUCAUCAGAACUAUGGUUUCGUGGGUCGUUUUAACGGAUGGUAUACUGGCCUGUUACAAUUACAUCACUAUCAGAAUGUUUGGAAACUCUUCGUACACCAUUGGUAAUUCUCAGUGGUUUAAAUAUGACGAAAAUUUGUUGUUUGUCGUUUGGAUCAUUUCAUCAAUGGCGGAUUUUGGAGUCGGAUUCAAAUCAUUGAAGCUAUUCUUCAGAAAUAGAAAUUCCAGUAAAUUGAAUUUCUUGAAAAUUAUGUCAUUAGAACUGUUCAAACAAAGUUUCUUACACAUGGCUAUUUAUGUGUUGCCAAUCGUUACACUAUCUCUGCUGUUUUUACGUGAUAUUCCUGCAAAGCAAAUCAUUGACAUUAGGCACGGAUCUAGAAGUUUUGCUUCAUCGCUCAAUAAAUCUUUCCCCACAUGGACCAAGAUGCAGCACCUUUACUUUGGCCUUCUGAUAGCACUAGAGUCAUUUACAUUUUUUUUCCAAGCAUCUGUACUCUUUAUCAAAUGGUUCAAGAGUACUGUGCAGAAUGUAAAGGACGAAGUUUACACCAAGGGUAGGGCCUUAGAGAAUUUACCUGAUGAUCAUUGA